AUGGCCUUCGGGUCGAAAACGUCUCUCGCGCCACCAAAGCUGAUGGCUGGGCUCGGGCCCACGCUCACGCUCCUCCUCGUCUCUCUGCUCGUGCGGGCAGCGCCGGCCGAUAUCGAUAUUCAUUCUCUCUGUUAUACCUACAAAAUACCACUUGAGUCCAGUUCUGGGCAACCGUGGUGUGAUGUUCAGGGUCAGCUGGAUGCAGAUAAUUUUCUUUCCUACGACUCUGGAAGUGACACUGUCAAGAAUAUGAGUAUCCUGGGGGUGAUUUUGUCUGCCACAGAGACCUGGAAAGACCAGAUUGAAAUGUUGAAAGAAGCAGGGAACUUGUUCAGACAAUCCUGUCCUGACAUAAAACUGGAAAAUUUGGCGGACAGGGGCGCAGGUUCUGUCUGCCUGCAGGUAAUGUUGACAUGUCAGAGAAUAUCCAGUGGAAACAUCUAUGGAUUCUGGGAGUUUGGCCGUAACGGACAGAUAUUCCUCACCUUCCGCCCAGAAAGUGAAAAAUGGGAAAUGGAACAUUCCAGAGCCAAAUCGUUGAAAGAGAAGUGGGAGAAAGAUAGUGAUCUGAUCAAGUUCUUAAAGAAGAUGUCAAUGGGAGACUGUAAGAGGUGGCUCAAGGCGUUUGUGGAGCACCAGGACAGAAACGGUAACUAUGAGAGAAGAAGGAAGCAGUAG